AUGGCCGCGCGGUUCGACGCCAUUGUCGUCGGCCUCGGCGCUCAUGGCAGCGCCGCGCUGUACAACCUGGCCAAGUGGGGCUGCCGCGUGCUGGGCAUUGAGCGGUGGGCGCCGGGCCACGGCAACGCGUCCCACCACGGACUCACGAGGAUCACGCGCCAGUGCUACGCGGAAGGCGCCGGCUACGUGCCCCUCCUGCGCCACUCGUUCGAGGCUUACAAAACGCUGGAGCGGGAGAGCAAACAGGCGCGCGCGGACAGGCGCGUGCCGGCGCUCGAGCUGUAUCUCCAGACCGGCGUUCUCAACAUCGGGGACCCCCUGGCCGGCGACGCCCUGGCCGCGGCGCAGGCGCACGGGCUGGCUCACGAGGUCCUGGAUCCAGCAGAGGUGUCGCGGCGGUUCCCAGGCGUGGCCCCACCCGACGGGAUGCGCACCUUGUAUGAGGCGGCCGGCGGCAUCCUGCGGCCCGAGGCGAUGGUGGCGGCCCACUGCCAGGUGGCCGCGUUCCACGGCGCCGCGAUACGCACUGGGGAGCAGGUAUUGCGCUGGGCCGCGCUGCCCGACGGCGGCGUCAGGGUGGACACCGACGCGGGCAGCUACCUGGCAGACAAGUUGAUACUCAGCGCAGGGGCCUGGAUGCCAAAGCUGGUGCCCGAGCUGGAGGGCCUGGUCGUCCCAGAGCGCGCCACCGUCGGCUGGUUCAAGCCCCGCCGCCCCGAGCUCUUCGCGCCCUCCCGCCUGCCUGUCUGGCUGCUGCAGCUGCCCGGCCGCCCGCCCUUCUACGGAUUCCCCGAGUUCGGGGGCGAACCCGGCUUCAAGCUCGGCGCCUUCAACGAGCGCGGCGCGGCCGUGGCCGACCCCGAAGCCCUCGACCGCGCGUGGAGCCGGGAGGGGGACGAGGGCCCCCUCAGGGAGGCGAUGGCCGCGGUGUUUCCGGAGGCUAACGGGGACCUCCUGCGGUUUGGGGUGUGCAUGUUUUCGGGGACGCCUGACGGGCACUUCAUUGUGGACUUGCAUCCACGGCACCCGCAGGUGGUCCUGUGCUCUGCCUGCAGCGGCCAUGGCUUCAAGCUGUCGCCCGCGGUGGGCCUGGCUGCCGCUGAGCUGGCGCGGCACGGCCGCUGCUCCAGCUUUGAAGUGGAGAUGCGUAUGCACCGGCUGGACGCCGCACGCGUGGGCCAUGCACAGGCGUUGGCCCGCUUCGCCACGGCAGGGCCCUAG